UUUGGAGUGUGCUCGAGAGGGGCUGCAUGUGGAUCUUGUUCGACUGGUCAUUCAUGUGAGGAUGCGACUGCUUUGAAAGAGGAGUUAACGGAGGUGAAGAAACACAUGGAGGCCAUGGCGAGGUUCAUCAGUAGGCAGUUUCCCGGACAAAACUGGAUGGAAGAUCAGGGUGCCACUAGUGCUCCUACACCAUCAAUGGGAUCUCGAGCUUCGUGAUCAAAUGUCGUAUGAAGCAUUUUGGAAAUGGUCGAUGG